AUGCAGCCCUCACCAUUCCGUCCACCUAUGAUGGGUAGCUCGAGUAAUUCGCUCGAGCUGCCCCCAGUCCAGGCUGUGACGUCGGGCGCAUUCCCAUCAACACCGGGGAUGCUCUCCGCUCCACCCAGUAGACCGGGUAGUGGAAUGCAAAUGGCUCAUCUGCUGCAGCCCAUGCCUCAGGGCCCUCCACCGCAUCAGCAGUUGACAAGCGUCCCAGUGCCGGGUCCGGGACCUAUGUCCGGUCCAAUUCCGGGCCCUUCAACAUCCCCGUAUUCCCGAUUCUACGAGUCGGGGUCGGGGUCCCCAGCAGAGAGUGGUGGUAUGUCCGAUGUACCUUCUAUGGGGCCGCUUCCAGGGGGCCUCUUCCAGACGAGCCCGAUCGGGCAUCAUUCGCAGGCGCAGCAGAAGCGAGCCUAUCGUCAACGAAGGAAAGACCCGAGCUGUGAUGCAUGUCGCGAACGCAAAGUUAAAUGCGAUGCAUCGGACUCGACUAGUUGUACUGAAUGUCUGAAUCGCAAAGUACGCUGCCAGUUUACUAAAGAUACCAACCGCCGCAUGUCGACUAUCAAACAGGUGCAGGAUCUGGAGAAGACAGUGGCGCAGCAGAAGAACCUAUUGGAUCGGUACAAGUCAGAGCGCAUGCGUCCUGAGCAUAGCACGACCGAGGUCGAUGAAGCUAUCGUGCAGCCGGUCAUCAGUCUUCCAGAGAUCGACUAUAAACCAGCACGUAGGCCGAGACAACCCAUCUCCCAGGACCUAUCUGGAGUACGAUCGAAUCUUCGAAAGCAUGGACAAGGCAUUUUGAAGGAGCCCACGCCAUACCAGCAACAGAGAUCCCAGUCAGUUGUUGGCAAUGAUGCCCCGAGCCUACCGCCGAAAGAUCUCGCCGACCACCUAUUAGCCCAGUACUUCAACUGUCUUCAUUCAAUAUUACCCGUCUUACAUUGGCCCUCCUUCACGGCAGAUUAUGAAAAGGUCUAUCGCGCGGGUACGCUAGUCGGAGUUUCUAGCGAAUGGGCUGCAGUACUAUUCGGUGUUUUUGCGUGCGGCGCUAUCCAUACCGUUGAAUCGAACCGCGAAAAGGAAGGAAAAGAAUACUUGCGAAUUUCGUGCGGUAUAAUCGAUGUCUGGCAGGACAGCUUCAACCUCGACCGAGCGCGGGCCGCUUUGUUGGCCAGCAUCUUUCUCUACGAGAUCAACUCCAAAUCGGCGAGUUGGGUAUGGAUAGGCUCUGCGGUGCGCGUCGCCCAAGAAAUUGGACUGCAUAUUGAAUCUGGCCCUUGGACUGCUGUUGAAAGCGAGAUGCGGAAACGGCUAUGGUGGGGAUUAUACACCUGGGAUAGAUUACUUGCUCUUGAAAUGGGUAAGCCCGUUUUGAUCAAUGACCAGGACUGUGAUAUCGAUCUUCCUUGUCCUGUGGAUGAUCGAUACAUCACAGAAUCGGCUGCGAUCCCCGAUGGCCAUCAGACAAUCCCACUGCUCGCCACAAUACACGUUGUUCGAUCCCUCGGCCAACUCACUAGAACUUUACGCUGGUCAACUCUUAGCUCUGCGACUCUUGAGACAUUCGAGCGACACUUUAGCACAUGCCUCGCCACCUUCCCUCCCUACCUCCAGCCGAACAACGACCAAGACCUCGACCCUCGAUCUCUAGCGCCCUCCAUCUACCUUCAAAACGCAAGCCUACUCCUCUACCGUCAUAAUAUCUCACCUUACUGCCAACCCUCCGUCCGCGAAUUGGCAAUGGUUCGCUGCGUUUCAAUAGCCAUUGACACUGCCAACAUAAUUUCUCGUUGCAUGCGAUCUCAUGCUGGCGCAGACUGGCGAACCCUAUUUGCUUCUGCCGCAGGAACUCUUCUCUGUACUCACAUCUGGCGAUGCUCUCUUUUCCUUCUUUUCCAGCAGGAAUUCGGACCCGCACUUGCUUGUGUCCAAGCUAUGGCUGCUGUUGGCGACGACCGCGCUAUCAAUGCUUCAUGUGGACGCUAUCUAGCAUUUUUCCUCCAGCUUCUGCUUGACCGUCUCCAACGGGGUGAUACUCUCGAGGAAGAUGAAGAAAUGGUCGCCUAUGUUUCGGGUGAUAUGCAAGGUACUAGUGAUGGCAGCUGGGUCUGGCAGGGAAGCGAGACUGGCUCACAGCUCGAAGCUAUGUCUUCGAAACCAAACGCCCAUUCUCCCCCGGGGCCUGAAAAGGAGUGGCCGGGCUGGGAAUGGAUAGAACAAACAGUUCAGUAUUUGUCGACUGAAAAGCAACGGCAAUUGCAGAUCCAGCGUGAGCACCAGCAACGAGCUGAACAGCAGCGACAACAAGAGCAGCUGCAGCAAUCACAGCAGGAAAUACAGAUCCGACCCAGUCAUCUACAACAGCAUCUACCGCAGCAGAUGGAAACUGACAGUCGGGAUGUCAACAUGGAACCCAGACAGGAUGUCUCGAUGCUUCAGCCCGAACCUUUAGCCUCAAGUGAGGACAGACGGCCCAGCUCGACGCAAUCUCGCAUGACUAUUGCCAGUAUUAUCUAG